AUGGACUCUCUUCCUUUCGAGCUCGUCUCCCAAAUCCUCCAGAACCUCCCCCAAGGCGACUACAAAUCCGCCCGCCUCACCUGCCAAGCCUUCAACGCCGCCCUCGCAAAACCAACAUUCACAACCCUCGCCACAUUCAUCGACCCCGCCAUCGCCCAGGAAACCAUCGAGAAGAUGGCCGCCGACCUCAGCCGCCGCCCCAAGGCAAUCUGGUCCCCCGGCUGCUCCGUCCCCAAGGGCCUUCCCGUCCCGGAAAGCUUCCUCUUCGCAAUGCACGUUGCGCUCCGCGGCACGCCUGAAGAGAGCGACGUGGGCUCCGAGAUGAGCGUCACGGCUAGGGACUUUGGACGUAGUAUUGGUAUGGAUGAGCUCACAGAGGAGACGCUACGGCAGGCGCUGUUUCGCUAUUCAUUGUAUUUGAGUUAUAUCUAUAGCGGAGAAGGCGAGGCGCCGCAGUUGUGGGUUAUGAAU